AUGCCACCAACUGGUGCUGACCCCUUGGACGAUGACGACCGCAUAGCCCAGAUCAUGGGCAGUUGUGAACUUGGACCUCUACCAGGACUCAACCACAGCCGCUCUGAACUCAGAGGUGGUCACGAAACUUCUACAACUGACGUAUCCGGGGAUCAAGAUGCAGAACUGAAGGAUGCCAUCGAGGAAACAGGGCGGAGACACAGCCUCGUUCAGUUUCUUGCUCGUACUUUCACUUCGGAAUCCCGAAGCCACCCAAAUGGAGGAGUCUUCGCCCAGACAGAUCCGGACUCCUGCUUGAAUCCCAAUAGUUCGAGCUUUAACGCUCGCGCCUGGGCCAGGGCCCUUGUCGAUAAGGUAGCAUCUGGCGGUGCCUCGUUGCGGACCAGCAGUGUUUGCUUCCAGAAUAUGACGGUCUCCGGCUAUAGCGCUGGCACCCGCUAUCAGAAGACUGUUCCCAACGUGUGGCUGGAGGCCAUAGGGCUUGCGCGCCAGACAUUGGGCCAUGGGCAGAGCCGUGCUGCUAUUCUUCGCGAUUUCGAUGGUGUCGUACAACGGGGAGAGAUGCUGGUGGUCCUAGGGCCUCCUGGGUCUGGAUGCAGUACUUUCCUCAAAACUCUUGCUGGGGAGACAAACGGCCUCUUUGUUGACAAGGAGUCCUACUUCAACUACCAGGGCGUGACGGCCAGGGAAAUGCACACCCAUCAUCGGGGUGACACAAUUUACACCGCUGAAGUCGAUGUCCACUUCCCUAUGCUCUCUGUUGGCGAGACUUUGACCUUCGCUUCACGCGCCCGCAGGCCACGGAACUUACCUUCUGGUGUUACUCCUUCUAUGUUCUCUGACCAUCUAAGGGAUGUGGUGAUGGCAAUGUUUGGGAUCAGUCAUACCAAGAACACAAAGGUUGGCAACGAGUACGUCCGCGGUGUUUCCGGUGGGGAGAGAAAGCGUGUUACGAUAUCUGAGGCAGCUCUUUCUGGCGCACCAUUCCAAUGCUGGGAUAAUUCAACGCGAGGAUUGGACAGCGCGAACGCUAUCGAAUUUUGCAAGACGCUGAGACUGCAGACGGAAAUAUUCCAGAGCACCUGCGCGGUCUCCAUAUAUCAAGCACCCCAGAGCGCAUACGACCUCUUCGACAAAGCCAUAGUUCUCUACGAAGGUCGGCAAAUCUUCUUUGGCCGCGCUGAUGAGGCUCGCCAGUACUUUAUCGAUCUAGGAUUUGAGUGUCCCGAACGUCAAACUACCCCUGAUUUCUUAACCUCUAUGACCAGUCCGCGAGAGCGUAUUGUCCGUGCCGGAUUUGAAAACAAAGCCCCCAGAACGCCAGAUGAGUUCGCUGCAGCCUGGCACAACAGUGAGGCCUAUCAGCGGUUGCAAGCCGAGAUUGAAGCGUACAAGGCCGAGCACCCAAUCAACGGAGCUGAUGCUUUGAGAUUCCGCGAGCUUAAACGAGAGCAGCAGGCGAGGGCCCAGCGGGCGAAGUCCCCCUACACUCUAUCUUAUAAGCAGCAGAUAGGCCUAUGCUUGUGGCGUGCAUAUCGACGCUUUGCUGGUGACCCCUCCUUGACAGUCGGCAUGCUGGUUGGUAAUAUUGUCAUGGGGCUAAUCGUCUCCUCCAUAUACUACAACUUGAACCUUACCACCGGAAGCUUCUUUCAACGGUCUGCGCUUUUAUUCUUUGCAGUGUUGAUGAACGCAUUCAGUUCUGCUUUGGAAAUUUUAACGCUCUAUGCGCAGCGGGGAAUUGUCGAGAAGCAUGAUCGAUAUGCUUUCUACCACCCGUCUGCUGAAGCAGUUUCCUCUGCCCUGAUGGAUAUGCCGUACAAGGUUUUAAACACCCUUGUCUUUAAUCUGAUUAUCUACUUUAUGAGCAAUCUUCGUCGCGAACCCGGCCCAUUCUUCUUCUACUUAUUUACGUCCUUCCUUGCUGUACUAGCAAUGUCUGGCAUCUUCCGUACCAUCGCUUCUGCCUCUCGUACCUUGUCGCAAGCCAUGGUACCAGCAGCCCUUCUAAUCCUGGCACUUGUCAUGUUCACUGGAUUCGUCAUCCCAAUUGACUACAUGCUGGGCUGGUCUAGGUGGAUCAACUACAUCGACCCAAUGGCGUACAUUUUCGAAUCACUCAUGAUCAACGAGUUUGCCGGUCGUCAGUAUCUUUGCACAUCAUUCAUCCCAAGCAGCACGGUGUCGGGGUAUGCCAAUAUCAGUAACGAAAAUCGUAUAUGCUCGGCCGUUGGCGCUGUUGCUGGAAACGAAUAUGUCCAAGGAACAGACUACAUCAAGGCGUCCUUCCAGUAUGACCCUAGCCAUAAAUGGCGGAAUAUUGGGAUUGUGAUAGGAUUUAUUAUUUUCUUCCAUGCUACGUAUAUGAUGUUCACCGAGAUUGUCACAGCAAAGAAAUCGGAAGGCGAAGUUCUUGUCUUCCGUCGAGGACAUCGACCCGCGCAGUUCAAAGAGAGUAAAAGUGACGCUGAACUCGGCAAUCCGCAGCCUUCGAGCGCUUUGGCUGUUGCUGAUACUGUUGAGGCAAGUAUGCCUAAUAAAGAACCGGGUGCUAUCCAAGAGGCAACGAGUGUGUUCCACUGGAGUAAUGUGUGCUACGACGUUGAUAUCAAGGGCAAAACACGCCGUAUUUUGGAUAAUGUCGACGGCUGGGUAAAACCCGGGACAUUGACAGCGCUUAUGGGCGUAUCGGGCGCUGGAAAAACAACUCUUCUCGACUGCUUGGCCGAUAGAGUAUCAAUGGGCGUUAUCACUGGUGAGAUGCUUGUCGAUGGUAAUCCUCGAAAUGCAUCAUUCCAGCGAAAGACUGGAUAUGUCCAGCAGCAGGACCUGCAUCUGGAAACGACCACAGUUCGAGAGGCGCUUAACUUCAGUGCUCUUCUUCGUCAGCCAGGCUAUGUUCCCCGGAAAGAGAAGCUUGCUUAUGUGGAUGAAGUGAUCAAGCUCCUGGACAUGGAAGAGUACGCAGACGCUGUUGUCGGUGUUCCUGGCGAAGGACUUAAUGUUGAGCAGCGCAAGAGAUUGACCAUCGGGGUUGAGCUUGCAGCUAAACCACCACUGUUGGUGUUUGUUGAUGAGCCUACUUCUGGCCUUGACAGCCAGACUUCCUGGGCUAUUCUUGAUCUCCUCGAAAAGCUCACGAAGAGUGGACAAGCUAUCCUGUGUACUAUCCACCAACCUUCAUCCAUGCUCUUCCAGCGGUUCAAUCGCCUGCUAUUGCUCGCGAGUGGCGGAAGAACCGUUUACUUCGGUGACAUUGGCACGAAUUCCGAGCACAUGAUAUCAUACUUUGAACGCAAUGGCGCGCCUCCUUGCCCACAUGGUGCCAACCCUGCAGAAUGGAUGCUCGAAGCCAUUGGCGCUGCCCCAGGGUCAAGCAGUAAGGUGGAUUGGCACGCCACAUGGAGGGAGAGUCCAGAAUCCCAAGCCGUCCAGGCUGAGCUCCAGCGGUUACGAACAAACAGAAAAGAGAUUGUACCUCAAGCCGAGGACGCUGCUAGUUUACGUGAAUUCGCUGCUCCAUUUGGCUUGCAGCUUUGGGAGGUCACCCACAGAGUCUUCCAACAGUACUGGCGUACUCCUUCUUAUCUAUACUCCAAGGCCUCUCUGGUUACCUUGGUCUCGGCCUUCAUUGGGUUCGCUUUUUUCAAGGCCCCUAAUACUGUCCAGGGCCUGCAAAACCAGAUGUUCGCUAUUUUCAAUCUCCUGACAGUCUUCGGCCAGCUUGUGCAACAGACGAUGCCGUAUUUCGUCAUUCAAAGAUCGCUCUAUGAGGUCCGUGAACGGCCCUCUAAAGCGUAUUCAUGGAAGGUGUUUAUGCUGUCUCAAAUCCUCGUCGAAAUCCCCUGGAACACAUUAAUGUCGGUUGUCAUGUUCCUCUGCUUCUACUACCCUAUUGGACUAUACCAAAAUGCCCAACCAGCAGACCAAGUCGCCGAACGAGGCGCACUGUUCUUCCUCUUCCUGUGGGGUUUCAUGAUGUUCACCUGCACCUUCACCGACUUCAUCAUCGCCGGAGUCGAAAACGCAGAGCAGGGCGGGAAUGUAGCUAACAUGCUGUUCAUGAUGUGUCUGAUAUUCUGCGGCGUGCUAGCGGCUCCAGGCAGCUUUCCGCAGUUCUGGAUCUUCAUGUAUCGCGUGUCACCAUUCACAUACAUGGUCCAAGGCAUGAUGACGACCGCCGUCGCUAAUACAGACGUGGUCUGUGCCGCGAAUGAACUGCUCCAUUUUGCGCCACCGUCGGGACAGACCUGUGGUCAGUAUAUGCAGGCCUAUAUUGACUCCGCUGGUGGGUAUUUGCAAGACAAUAAUGCGACGGAUCUAUGCACCUACUGCACGGUUGGAAAGACCAAUCUGUACCUCAAAGGCGUUAAUGCGUUCUAUGACCAGCGGUGGAGAAACUUUGGCAUCUUUAUUGUCUACAUUGUCAUCAAUAUCUUUGGGGCGCUGGCUAUGUAUUGGUUGGCUAGAGUGCCAAAGAAACCACUCUUUGGGGGGAAGAAGAAAUAA